AGAGUGCUGAUAACAUAUCAAUGUGAGUAUACAUAAAGUAAACUUAACAAAAGUAAGAAUUGUUUGACCUUCUUUACGUCCUCUGUAGGCUGAUAAUGUCAUAAACGUAUCAGAAUCAACAAAAACGUUAUUAACUGGACGUUGCGCAGUAUUUUAAUUAUUAAGUAAAGUCGAACGUUGUGUGGGCUCGUUGCCUGGAGACGGCCCGAGCAGUUGUUGCUAUAGGAAACCGAGUCCAGAAACACCAGCACGCGCCGACUAUCGGAACAUUCUAGAAUUCCGCAGUACAAUGUCUACACUUCCUGCAAAGCCCGGCCUGCACCAUAGUGUGUCAGAGUGGUACAGCAACAACCACCAGCUGUCUGCCACAGCGCAACACGAGCGACACGUUUCUAAUGUGAUCCGCCAAGAAGGCAGGUCACUACGCAACGAGACCAACUGUACGACAACCUGGGAUGAGAGUGAUACCUCUCGCAGGUUGAGCGACCGCGUCUGGGAUGUUGCUCGAUGGAAGGAAGCAUUGGAAACCUGCGCACAGAAAGUAGAUAAAGAGAUGGAGGAUCUGACCCUGUCUAAAGAGCAGACCGAGCAGGCCCUGGCUGCUACUGCGGUUCCCCUGGAGGUCAGCACCGAGUGUCUGACGCUGAGGGAGGGACGGCGAGGGUACGAGCUGGUCACCGACCCCGUGGAUGAACAAUUAAAAAAAGAAGUGGAGUUGAUUGAAAGGGUGCAGCAAGUCCUGCAACAGCACAUAGACAAGGCCUUUGAGCAGCUGUGUAUUUUGCAGGAGGCUCGGCACCAACUGACUGCUGACCUCCAAAACAAGAUGGACGCCCUGGACAUCGAUAUCUCCUGCCUGUCACUUACAAUAAAGUCACCUCUGAUCUCCCUGAAGACCAAUCCUACUCGCAUACCGUCAGGGUCCUCCACCCCCCAGGAGUGGGUCCAGUUCAGCCAGUAUAAUGUGACUUGUGCCCAGGAGGCUAUGCAGGUGUCCCAGCAAAUGAGGGAGGACAUGAGUCUCACUAGAGCCCAGCUGCAGAAUGAGUUGGAGACUCAGCGCAGGGCCACAGAGUUUGCUCUCCGUAAGCGAAAUCACCAUGAAGAGCAGGCCUGCGAUGAGCUCGAGUGGCAAAUAAGAAAUACUGAAGAUGAAAUGACUGACAUGGAGAGCGACAUCCACGGGCUGGAUGCAGAUCUGCAGGCGGAGACGGCCUCCCUGAAGUUGGCUCACACCAGACUGGAGAACAGGACCAACAGACCUGGCAUGGACCUGUGCAAAGAUGAGGUGCAGCACGGCCUCAUUAAUGAAGUUAGUCAGCUGGAGGCUACAAUCACGGCUCUGAAGCAGAAGCUGUCUGAGGCUCAACACUCAUUACAGAAGAUGAAGCUCCAUCACGCCCGCAUGUUGCAGGAUCUCUCCAGAAAACAGGAAACUCUGUCUCUGGAACAGCGAAGCAUGAACACUCGUACCCGCCUCACAUCAACUUCCUGCGCUGAUAAAACUCCGGUGCUGCUGGUCCCGCUCACAAACUCUAGUGGGAGGAGUAACCUGCAGCUGCUGGCUCAGUAAGAACAUGGUAUUAGAUGGUUUUUUUGAAGGGAAGGAGUCUAAUUUAACAAAUAUAUAAGGAUGAUUAAUUCGUUUUCAGCUUGGAUGUAAUGUUUCUAAUCCUGCAGACAUUAUCAAGCAAUGUGCAUGACACCAAAAUGCUCUGUCCAUCCUUAAAAUACAUUAAAUUCUGAUGUUGUAAACUUGAAGAGAAUAGUUAGCUUAAUAAAUUAAAUGUGUAAUGAAAUGCAUUAAUGCUGAAGGACAGUGUGUAUUUUGUUUAUCUCAACAAUAACUGUCAUCCUUUUGCAAAAAAAAGACCUUCUUUUGUGUUGUUAAUUUGCUUUCAGUUGUGUUGUGUUAAAUGAUCACUUAUGUACUUUAUCUGCAUCUAUUUAACUUCCUUACAAACAUCAUGCAAAUUAUCUUUAAAAAUGGUUUACACACAUAUUUACACAUCUAGUCAUCAAGAUAUUUCUGGCAUCUGAGUGUAUUUACACUUUUGAUGUUGUCUUUUUUAGAAUUUAAUGUUUGAGUGCUACAAUUUGAGAGUGAAAGCGCUCAAGUUCAUGGUCUAGUAAGGUCAUUACUUUUAUGAACCAUUAGCUUUAAUGGCUUUGUUUGGCCUUGUCAUAUUGUUUGAUCAUCUGACGCUGUUUGGAGCAUGAAGACGGUGAUAAUGACGUGAACUUUGACUCAUACAGUAUAUACGGUUUAGAUAAAAAAUCUGGUAAACAGGUAAUAAACAAGAUCCCUCAGACAAUAAACCCAUGUAAUUCUCACCUGCCUCAGCUUUAAUGUCUUUAAAUGGAUGUUUGUGUCAUUCGCUGAAUUUUUAUGAGGAUUAAGACGAGAGAGAGAAAAAGAUCUGUUUAUAAGAGGUGCUAACACCCUCUUUAAAAGAGAUUUAUGGGGCUUUUCUGUGUUUGAAGGUUCCGAUGAAAGAUUAUCAGAUAAAUCUGUGUUUGUUUGUUUAGAAAAUCAUCUGAUUACCAGUUUUCACUGCACUUACGAUAAAUUACCAUAUUCUCCAACACAUAUCGAGACCACAGAAAGGUUAGACGGCAUUUGCAAAUCAGUAUUUGUUUCUCUAAACUACAUCGGACUAAUACAAUGAGCCCUAGAAAGUUGACACAAUGUUGGUGGUUAUUAUUAGUCAUAGACAUGGAAGUGAGAACUUUGACUAAUCACAUGAACAACUGGCUCAACACACUGCAAGGCAGAGGAGUCUCCCCUGUCUCAAACCUCGACGAACGGAUCAGUUAUAUGAGAACUUGUAAGCUCCUAAGACACAACAUUUUAAUAAAACAAAUAAAAUUGUUAUUGUGCACUAUAUUAAUCAAUAAGGUUUGACUCUCAUCUUGUCUUUGUUAAAUAUGAGCAAAAUUCAUUAUUAAGGCAAUCACAGAAACCUUAAAAGUUUUUUGUUCAUGACAACUUAGCCAGGACUGUUUAAAGGAUCAGGCGAUUUUCUAUAUUUUCCUUAUUGUCAAUAAAUCUCAUGAGCAGAGCCAAACCAAAAAUGAGCUAAUCUUACAAGUAUUAUGUGUGUAUCAGGCUUUGGAUGCUUGUAAAUGGCCCUCAUGUUGAAAAUAACUGCUGCAACCCUCUGAGGCCGUCAGAAAAUAGAAAACAACAAAAUGUUAGAGGUGACUGAAGGCUGUACUAACAUCACAUUCAAUUCAGCUAAUAAAUAAUAUAAAAAUAUUGUCAUUAUUUACCAAAUAUUCAUUCUAAGAUAUCAGAAGAAUAUAUAUCAUACACAUUUGUUUUGAACAGUGGAUCGAUAGACUAAUCAAACAGCUAGCAGCCCUGUUUUGAACUGCUGCAGGUCUUUUCUCGGAAAAACGUUUCUUGGUAUCUGUCACUCUGCUCUAAUAAAAUGCCUCUGCAACAAGUCACUGAUUUUCUGCUCCAUUUUCUUCACCAAAAGCCUUUUGCAUGACACACCUUCUCUUCUCUCACACUCACUUUAACACACCCAAAAAGGAAAACAUUCUCUGCCAUAAAACGGUGAGAAACGCGUUCGUUACACAAAGCCCAACCCAUCCUCUUCCUCGCAUCGACCAUCAACUUCGGCACUUUUAUGACUUUACUGCCUGGUCCUCCAGUUCAUUUAGACUGCUUCAGCUUUAAGGGGAUGACCAUGUGCUUCCUGACACUCUGAAUUAUUCUGAAUCAUUUCACUUAAGGGCCCAGAUGCUACCUGUCUGUUGCCCUCCACUGAGAGGGCAAUUAAGGCAGCCUGGUGCCUGCUAAAUGCCCCCUGCUUCUGCAUGAGCGGAUGCGUCUUUUUAUCUGCAUCUCUGUCAUGAUGUCGUGUAAACCUCGCCCCCUUCAUGCCCACAUGCAUUAGCACCUUUGUGGCCACCGCCUCUUUUCUGCUGCCACGUGUGACAGGGCUGCUGCUUCUAUG